AUGUCUGAUGUUUUAAAAGAACAAUUUACAACCGAAUGGUUGUUGGAUCAUGAAGGCAAGACAAAAGAUAUAAGAGUUCGUGAUAUCGAUAUUGCUAGAGAAUUGUUGGAAUAUUUAGAUAAUGGCAAAGACAUGAAUUACAAAAAAAUGUAUAAUAGCAAAAAAUUAUGUAUUAGUAUCAUUCAUUAUGGAUCAAAAUUUAUUAAUAUGAUUACCGUACAAACUAUUAUUAAUAAAGGAGGUGUUGUAUCUAGAUAUUUUCUUCAGAAACUCCAUCUUUCAUUUGAAGGAGAAGAAUUGUAUGGAACAGAAUUAUAUUUAAAAGGAAAUGAUAUGGAAUUGUUUCAUUUUCUUAGUAGUGGACCAUAUAUUAUUAAUGAAGCUUCAGAUGUUAUUAAAAAUAAUUUUAAGGAUAUUGAAAGAUUAGUUAAUGAUUUUAAAUUUGGACCAUUUCCUCCUAGAAUUGGGAGUGGUAAUGAAGGAAUUAAUGAAAUAUUUCCUUCUCAUGAUGGAUUUGAGAAUAAUCAACAAAUAAAUGUUAUUGCUAGAUGUAUUUUACUUGAUGUGAGAUUUGUUAAAUUAUGGAAAGAAAUAGGUUAUUUUGACAUUUGUAAAGAUAUUAAUGAUCUUGUUUUACAAGGUGCGAUGCUUAUUCUUUUUCCACCAUCAGGCUCAAGUAAUUGGAUACUUGAUAAGAAUCGUAUCGUUGAAAGAUUUAAAGAAUUGAUAGUUCCGUUACUCUGGGAAAAUCCGUUUGAAUUUCAAUAUGAAAAUAAUAAAACUAAUUCAUUGAUUCAUUGA